AUGUCGGCACAACAAAUACCAAAUCUUCUCUCCUUGCGAGGCGGAACUCGGUCGCGUGGUAGAGGUCAGGGGCUGCGCGACCCUUUAAAUCCUCAUUCGGAGGUUUCUUCGAAUCGCAGAGAUAAUGCCAUUCAAGGUACCGAUACUGAUGCAGCCGUAUCUCGCCUUAGUGCAGUCAAUCUUGGCUAUCUCGAAGAUCCUUUUGCUCGUUAUUUUGUCAAUGGAAGUGGGACACGAAGGCUGCCAAUCAUAAAUCGAGGUACAUAUUCUCGUACCACUGCUCUAGACCUCCUCAUCGAAUCCUUUCUAUCUCAGCCUGAGAAUUCUGCUCCACAGCGAAAACAAAUAAUAUCUUUGGGAGCAGGAACAGAUACUCGCUAUUUUCGUUUGCGAGCGAAGAAUUUGCACAAGGGUGUCAUUUAUCAUGAAUUUGAUUUCCCAUCCGUGUGCGCUGCGAAAAAUCGGUUAGUACAGCAGAACCAUGCAGAACUCAUUGGCACUGAAAGGUUCUUCGAAAUGGGACAAGGUGAUGGUGAGAUUGCGCAACCAGCAAUGGCGAAGGGGGUCCAGGCAAGUAGUGAAUGGGGGCUGGGUCGCACCAUUGAUGGUCAUUCAGAAGUUGGAUAUAUGUGCCACCCUUUGGACCUCCGCAAACUCCCUAGUAUCAUUGGUCUUGAUUCAUUUCAUGGCAUCAAAAGCGACCUACCAACACUAAUAGUAUCAGAAUGUUGUUUAUGUUAUCUUGAGGUGGAUGUGGCACAGGAUGUAAUUAAGUGGUUUACUAAUAAGAUCCCAAGCAUUGGGAUUGUUCUUUAUGAGCCAGUCGGAGUAUACGAUGCAUUUGGACAGAUGAUGGUAGAAAAUCUUGCAUCAAGAGGGAUUGUUAUGCCUACGGUGCAGAAAUACAAGACACUUAAAGAUCAGAAAGAUAGAUUAGUAGGUCUUGGGUUCGGUACUGCGGAGGGCGGCAUCAAUGCCGUAAGCAUAGAAAAUGUCUGGGAAAAUUGGGUUGCAGGAAGGGAAAGAGAAAGAGUGGAUAGACUUGAGGGCUUGGAUGAAGUCGAGGAAUGGUUACUUUUGGCGAGACACUAUUCUGUUGUCUGGGGUUGGACAGCCAGCUCGGGAUUUGAGAGACUAAAAGCGCUAAAUCCUUGA